AUGUCUGGACACCAAGCAGGCCGUCCCAGCCCCAGCAACCACAAUGCGUCCUUCAUGGCCCAGACUCCAGGCUGGCCCCGCGGCCCCAGCACGACCGGGGCGAGCAACCUCAAGCGCUCUCGGACCCCGAGCGGCUCCCAGGCCCGCAGCAGCCCUUCGGAGCCCACCGACAGGCGGAGCUCCCCCAGACCGCCGUUGAGGAGAAUCUGCAUGGGCCGGCCCUACAACUCCAAGUGCGUGGAGACAAGCCACCUGGCGAAGGGCCCCAGGGUGGCCAGGAAGCCCACGUGUCGCGGCAACCCCCACUGCCUGCUCUGUACAGAUCGCCCCUUGGGUCCCUCUGACCCCACCUUCCUGGAUCAGCUCAUCAAAGGCAUCAGCUACCUCGACAGAUCCACCAAUGCCUUCUACAGCAACUGCCCUAAGUCCCUGAGCCUGCCGAGGCUUGCGGCCAACUACCUGGAGCGCGCGGCCAACUCCAUCCACCCGGACCACCCGGACCACGCCUCCCCCCGCAGUUGCUGUAACCCCAGCAGCAGAGCGGCCUCCUUCGACUACCCCUGCGGCAGCACCUGCGUGGUACCGUCCGGCAGGGCUGUCAACGCCGUGCAGUACGCGGAUAACUCCGCCAACACGAGCCGGAACCUCACUCCCAUCCUGCCUCAGAGGCCGGGGAUAAAGCUGCCUGAGCUCCCUCUGUUCGGCAACGGGGUCUUUUCUUUAGGUCGCCUGCCCAAGUUCUGGGAAGCCAUCCGCUCAGGCUGCAGAGUCCCCGAGCCCAUCUCUAAACCCUCCAGCUGGUGGUGA